AAAUGAAUGGAGAUAUUCAAAAAGUGCUAAGUAAGGCUAGCCAGCCUGAUUUGGGACCUUUACAAGACCUUCAGAAGAUACAAAUAAAUAUAAAUAAAUUAGGAGGCCUGAAAGAAGAGAAACGAUCUAGAAAGCCUAAAAAUGCCUUAAUUGCUAGAAAAUAAGCAUAAAUUGUCAAUGAAAAUUGACAGAGAUUCUCGUGUUGACAUCCAAGUACCUGUGAUAGAUCUUGGAUAUUCAUUUGAAUCAAGCUCUCCAGCUCGGAUAAAUAAAGUUCCUAAAUUUGACCAUAAAUAUUAUGUGAGAAAAUAAACGUAAGGAUAACAGCAAGGUAAAUUUAUAAUAACCCCUAGAUUCUCAAUGCAAGUAGGCGAUUUUUCAUGAAUUUUGGUUAACAAAAUAGUUAUCGAUAACCUCGAAAGUAAGAAAUCAAUAGAGAAUGUUAAGUCUCUGAUCCAGAAGAGAGUAUCUCGGAGUUAUAGCACUGGAAAGAUCUCUCCACAUAAGAGACUCUCUAAAGCCUCUAUGAAGCAGUCUGAGUAUUUUAAAUAAAAUGAUGAAUAAAUACCGUCUGAAUACAUCUGAGGAGGCUCGUAGGCCAAAUAGCAGGAUUGGAAAUAAGAAUAGGCCUAACCUUAAGAUCUCAAAAUAAGGUCGCUAAUAAUCCUGAGAACUCCUUAACUUUGGUGUCUCAUAAACAUAAGGUGUUACAUAGGAAAUCUAAUUUUAAGAAUCCCAUAAGUCCUGACACCUUGAGUCUCACACCUUCAAAUGGCUUUCUUAAGAUAUCAAGCCAGAAGAAUUUGAGCAGAGAUUUUACUUAUGGUCGGCCUUCUAAGACAUUCUAUCAGACGAAUCCAAAGCAUUUCAGAGGAGUUCAAUAUAGAUUCAAGAGAUUUAGUACAGGAGAGCUUAGGAACAAGAUUGAGCAAGGAUAUAAUGAAAAAUCAACAUCAAAAAAUCCUCCGAUGAGAAUACAGACUUAUAGUAGUAACAAACGAGUCAGACCACCAGGAAACCCUAAAAUUUUAAACAACUCUUGCAAGACGCCUAAAAGUUUAAACAAAUCAAUAGACACAGAGGAGCUCAAAAAUAUGUUCAUCACAAAUCCUCUACCUCUAAAAGCCCGUCCAAAACCUCAAAAACCAUCCAAAGUACCCAAUUCCGCCUCCAAAACCUCAUUUUCCCUAUCCAAAUAUUCACAACCCCGCAUCGCUCCUCACACAGUCUACUACAAACACCAAUCUACCCACCCACCCAAUCUUCUAAAUCCCCGUUCAAAGAGCCCAAACUUCAGCGACUUUAACCCAAGCGAGAGCCUCUCCCCCAAAUUCUACAAGAAAAACUCCUCUGAGCACCCCAUUUCCCUCACUUGGUGCGCCCUAAAGAUAAAUAACUAUUAACCAUCCACCAACGGCACUUAAACUUGCUUGGGC